AUUGUGAGUGGGCUUAACGACACUCAGUGAACAGACGGUGCCUCUGCAUGCUCUGCCAGUACACUAGUCUGCUGCAAGCGAGGGAUCGAAGUGAAGAGUGCUCUGCCUCUCCUCUCCAUCCCUGUCACACACCGCCUCUGCCUCCUCAGCCUCUCAGCCUUCCAGCCUCCACCAGCAAACUCCCUCCAGCCGACCAGGGAAAAACACCACUAACAACACAAGUGGAUAUGAACAGAACCCAAAAGACAGGAGGACGCAGGAGUCAAGGGGCUUCUCACAGGAGAUAAGAGGGGAUCUAAAAGAAGGAUACUAAACAGAAAGUAGAAAAAAAACUAAGGGGGAAACAGAGAGAGAGAGAGAGAGAGAGAGAGAAGAGAGAGACCCUGGCAUUACCCAUCCUUAUCCUUCCAAUACAUAUUUUCUGAAGCGCGCCGGUCGGUCACUAAAAUAAUAAUGACAGAGUUGACUGGAUUUAAGCCGUGCAGGUCAGCGAUCGCUUCAAGUGACGGACGGUAAUUUGUGUUGACAGAUCUGCCKCCAGUCUUUAUCGAGAGGGGGUAAGAAGAAAAAAAAUAGAGAGAGAGUUUUGAGUUAGUCUUUUCCUCUCCUUUCUUGGUUGGCUUGCUUUUUCCUCUGUUCUCCUCUUCGGAUCAUCGCAGCAGUAGUGACUGCAGAGGAGCAGGAGGGAGAGAGCGAGCGAGAGAGAGAGCGAGGAGGCACGGCACUCAUGCAUGCAGCCGAGCAGGGAACUUGCACUUCCUAACAAGCAUCCACUUGGAUUCCUUGGGUCUUUUCUGGCUUCUUUCACACGAGGAGAACUAAGACAUUGUAAGCCUGCCAGGAUCUGGUAUUCUGGCUGAAAAGGACGAGAGGGGGGGGGGCAAAUUUGUACCACACUGGGGUCCUUUUUUAGAUUCACACAUAAUUAGUGCGGGCACAAAGGAAGUCGCUGAAUAGGGGAUGUCCGUCUCUGGAUAGGGGUGAGUAGGAUUCCUUUCAUACGUGAUCGCUCGGUGAAGAAAGCAUUUUUUACCCGCCUCUGCUCGCAUCUUGCCCCCUGAUAUCUAACAUGAGCAAAGUGACUUGCCCUUUAUCCCUCUCCCCUGUUCUUUUCUUUUUUUCCCCCACACUGGAUUCCUCUUCCUUUCUAUAAGUAAAUACCUUGGGGAGAAAAACACACACGCACAACACAAUUCACUACAAGGAAAGGAAUACAAAAAAAAUACAAGAGCUGGUUUCCUGCCGGGGAGAGAUUACAAAUUACGAUGUGAACCAUGACAYAAUAAUACCGGAACGAUUCCAAUGGACAUUUUCUCUGCGGAUCUAUCCGAGGAUUUUCAGGCUGAUGGAUUUCCUUCUAAUAGGCUUGUACCUAAAGUGGCCCCUGAGGAAGCCCCCUGGGUUGAUACUGUUGCUUUGCUGCUCGCUGGGCAUCAUGCUCAAAAUGGUCCCAUCGGUGGAGGGCGUCUGCCCCCGUCUAUGCCGCUGCGACAGCAAGCUGCUCUACUGCGAGGGGCUCAAUCUCACCGACGUUCCACGCAACCUGAGCAGCGCACUGGGCCUGUCCAUGCGCGAGAACAACCUGACGGAGCUGCGCGAGGGCCACUUCGCUGGCCUGUCGCAGCUCACCUGGCUCUACUUGGAUCAUAACAACAUCGACGUGGUGGAGGAGGGCACCUUCGACAGGCUGCGCCGGGUCAAGGAGCUCGACCUGAGCACCAACCAUAUCGAGAGCCUGCCCAACGGCACCUUCAGGCCCCUCCCCAACCUGCGCAUCCUAGACCUAUCGUACAACAGGCUGCAGGCGCUGGAACCCGACCUUUUCCARGGCCUGAGGAAGCUAACCAAUUUGCAUUUGCGCUACAACGCCCUCAAGUUUGUCCCAGUGAGGAUCUUCCAGGACUGCCGGAGCAUGCAGUUCCUGGACCUGGGCUACAACCAGCUUCAGAGCCUGGCGCGGAACUCCUUCGCCGGGCUCUUCAAGCUCACCGAGCUGCACCUGGAGCACAAUGAGCUGGUCAAAGUCAACCUGGCCCACUUCCCCCGCCUCAUCUCGCUGCGCACGCUCUACAUGCGCAGCAACCGGGCCACCAUUGUGGUCAGCACCCUGGACUGGACCUGGCCCUUCCUGGAGAAGAUUGACCUGUCGGCCAAUGAGAUCGCAUACAUCGAGCCACACGUCUUUGAGAGCGUGCCCAACCUCAAGGCCCUCAUGCUGGACGCCAACCGGCUGACGGCCGUGGAGCAGCGCAUCCUGGAUUCAUGGUCAUCCCUGGGCAGCAUCACUUUGGCAGGCAAUGAGUGGGAAUGCAGCCGCAACGUGUGCGCCCUGGCCCAGUGGCUGAGCGCCUUCCGGGGCCAGCGGGACAGCCAGCUACUGUGUUCCAGCCCGGACGUGGCGCAGGGCGAGGACGUACUGGACGCBGUCUACGCCUUCCAGCUGUGCGAGGACGGCAUCGACCAGGCCACCACGACCACGGGAUGGUACCCCGGCUACACCACCAAGGACCAGGCCCGGGGAGGCCCCACGGCCAACCCCUACGAUCCGCCAGCCGCCGAGGGUGGCGCAGUGGUCACCAAUUCCUUCACCGUGACCGUGGCUAACCUCGACGACAUAGASAGCACCAUGCAGAUCCACAAGGUGGUGACGGGCACCAUGGCACUCAUCUUCUCCUUCCUCAUCGUGGUGCUGAUGCUCUACGUGACCUGGAAGUGUUUCCCGGCGGGCGUGCGGCAGGUGCGCCAGUGCUUCAGCAGCCAUCGGCGCAAGCAGAAGCAGAAGCAGAGCAUGCAGCAGAUGGCCACCAUGUCCACGCCGGAGUACUACGUCGACUACAAGCCCAACCACAUCGAGGGGGCCCUGGUCAUCAUCAACGAGUAUGGCUCCGCACUUGCCAGGCAGCAGCCCUCCCGGGAGUGUGAGGUCUGACCCGACCCUUUGUGUGUGUGUGUGUGUGUGUGUGUGUGUGUGUGUGUGUGUGUGUGUGUGUGUGUGUGUGUGUGUGU